AUGAAGCAUGUACAAUUACAUCCUCAUUGUGGAGGAACUUCUGGAAGAUUUCAACAUCGUCAUAUUGGCUUAAAUCAUCAACAUUACCAUCAAAAUCAACGUCAUCAACAUUUAUUAAAACCCUAUUUUUAUCCUCAACAGCAACCACAAACAAAUUCAGCUCGUCCCGCAGCUGAAAAUGAAAAUAAUCAAAACGGAAUAAAUAAUCCUGCAUUUCAUCAAUUAUUUCUUUUUGGGGGAGAAAAUUUAAGAAUUAGUGAUAAUUCUAUUGGAAAUGCCCCUUUACCUUUCCCUACUGGAAAUUUGGGGGAGAGAAAUAGAGCUAUGGAAGGGUUACAUCGUCCUCAAAAUAACAAUGGAAUACCUCUACAUAACCAGUUUAGAGGAAUGCGACUUUCUACGGGUUUGGCUAGCCUUGCAAAAACAUUGCCAAUAGCUAUCGGAGUCAAUACUUCGCCUAUUUUAUCCUCAAAUACAUCUUCUACUUCAACAAGUACAAACAGUCAACAAUCCUCCCCUUUAUCUUCCCAAACUCCUUCCCCAGCAGAAAAUCGGCAAAAAUUUUCGAAUGUUAGACAAGCACUUGGUUGUCUUCCAAAAAGAAUUUCUUUACCAGAAAAUUUACAAUUUCAACCACAAAUUUUACUCAAUUUAAAACAGUCAAUACAUGUCGAAAAACAAUUAACUAGUAACCCAUCCGAUGUUGGCACAUCUUCUCCUUCAUCCGAAUUAAUUACUGUUUAUGAAAAACCCGUUUUAAAAGCUUCCCGUUUACAACAGCAAUAUCAACACCAACAACAACAAAAAAGGAAAGCUGCAAGAAUGCAAUUACUUAGACAACAAAGCCAUUUAGCUCAAAAACAAAAUACUUCAUCAAUAUCUUGCCAAAAUAUAGAGGGUAUACAAAGUCCCGACUUUACUUCAUUUUCUCCAAAUAUUAAAAUAGAAAACAACAAUUUAAUUGAAGAAAUAAAUUCACCAGAAAUUUUAAAUUCGGAUAUUCCACCCCCUUUAAUUGAAGAAAUUAUGGAUACUAGUUGAAAUUAUUGGUGGAACUUUGAAAAAUUUUUAACUUUAAUUUUCGAUCUCUAAUUGAUAUACAAAAAAGGAUAUGUUUAUUUUUAUUUCAUCAAUUACUAUUAGAUUUUUAUAAUUAAGAAAUUAUUAUUGAUAAAAAUAUUUUUGUGAUUAAUUUAUUGUUUGAUAUAAUAGUAAAGCAGCUCUCCUUUAGUUAGUAAAGCACUGAUGUGUUUUCCAUUACACCACGACGCCUACUGCAUAGCCUUAGGAAAUAAAUCUUAUAUUGUCAAGCAUGGUGAUAUAUCAAAAAAUUUGGGGGUCUUGAAUGUUUUAUUUACUGGAUCAUCUUUCACAUUAACCUCAUAUCAGGCUAUUUAUAAUA